AAUAGCCCCCAGGGCAGCAGCCCCUCCCAGGGCUUGGGAGAGCCAGGCUGAAGGCCCUGGCCAUGGAGAGCUUCACUGAGUCUCUCAGUAGGCUGAAGGACAUCCAUGAGAAGGAAGUCCUAGGACUGCAGACAAAGCUGACAGAGCUGAACACAGAGAAGUGUCGCGACUCACAGAGGAUUGAAGAACUUUUUGCCAAAAACCACCAGCUAAGGGAGCAGCAGAAAGCCCUUAAGGAGAAUGUAAAAGUACUAGAAAAUAGGCUGAGAGCGGGCCUCUGCGACCGGUGUAUGGUCACCCAGGAACUUGCCAAGAAAAAGCAGCAUGAGUAUGAGAACUCCCACUUCCAAAGUCUGCAGCACAUCUUCAUCCUUACCAAUGAAAUGAACGGCCUAAAAGAAGAAAACAAAAAUUUGAAGGAGGAACUGAAGAGGUUGCAGAACCUGGAGGAAAGGACCAAGCACCACAGGACCAUAUCCAGAGAAAGCAGCUCCACCCCUGAUUCGCCCUUGUCCUUACUGUCUCCCGUCAACAGGAAAGCCAGUACUGAGAAACCUGUGAGCAGAGAUGCUGAAGAGGAAUAUCUUCCCCGUGCACAGUUGGGAGAAGAAAAGUCAACAGGAUUCAGAACUUCUCCAGUCACUAAAAUUUCCACCGGAACACCUCUCCCCGAGAUGCGAAUUCUGGAAAUGAACCCCCAGAGGAUAGCCAACCAGUUACACGGGACCAUUGCUGUGGUGAGGCCAGGCUCUCGCUCCUGCCUCUCAGACAGGAGCUCUUCAGAGACAACCACUCCACCGCCCACUAGGAGAAGCCCAUCAUCGCCACCAGGUGAACGCAGCCUCUCCCUUGAUAGUUACCUGAGAGCCAGUAAACCAGAGUCUCAUGAAGUGACUUCAUCUUAUGAGACCCUGAAGCUGACCGCCCGGAGUGAACAACUCUGCCUCCUCAACCAGCACCUCUCUUUGCAUCGAUUCGGGCUACGGAGUCACUACCCUUCUGCAGGCAGAGAAAAUAGUUUCUCAACCCAAAUGUUCCAGACCAAAGAUGUGGAGACGAGAACCCGGAUGCAGGACUGGGAAGAUCAGCCGGCCAUUCUAGACCUUCCUGGGGCUAUUGUUUACAUGAGGGACCAGCGACUGGAGGGAACACUUCAAUUUCUUGAGCAGAGGGAGAGGCUCCAAUUUCUCCUGGCACAGCAGCAGGAGCGAGAACUACGAAUCCGAACAGAGAGCUCUAGAAACCAAAUUCCAGUUCCCACAGCUCCAGAAGAAAAGCUCCCUUUGCCCCUCCAGACUACAGAGUCAAGGGGCAGAGAAAGCCAGAAGGAGGAAAAUAUGUCGGUGGGAUUCAAAGAAACAGACAGAAAUGUGCUUUUGGAGGACACAGACGCAUCUGACCAAGGGGAAACAAAUGAGGCAACUAGGGAUUAUUUGAUGGACAAACCUCUAGACCUAUCAGAUUAUGGGAGAGGUCGGGAGGCACCCAAAUUAACCAGUUGGCUCAAAUCCCCCAGACUGGCAGAAGGUCAGUGCCUAAGUCCAAAGUUGGAUGAAAAGGUUUCUCAUCAGAACAUCAAGAGUUUGAAUCCCCAGCCUCUAGAGAGUGAACAUUCUUCAUCCUCCCUCAGCAGGCUCCAGGAUCCCAACCAAGGAGAUCCUAAGAGAAGUGAAGAAGGGCCUGCAGACCAAGCAGGAGAACAUGUGGUUUCCUAUGAUCAGACAGCUUCACCCCAAGAACAUCACCCUAAUAAACUAGCUUCAGGAGAGGCUGAAAAUGAACCAGGAAUAAGACUGAGAUUGUCUCUCCGAACUCAGAAACAAGAAACAGACACUCAACCAGAGAAUGACGAUGCUGAGUCUGUGAAAAGAGAGUCUGAUGAGCCUGACACUUCAGACAGUGAGGUGGCUCCCAAUUACAACCCUGGAAUCCUUCAAGAUGUACAGGUAGAAGACCUCAAAUACUUCUGUGUGAAGGAUAAGAUUCAAGGUUUGCAAAAGAAAAGGAAAAGGGGGCAGGAUCCCUGGAUGAAAGCAUCAUCUAAGAAGCCUUUGAGGGGAAAGAAGAAAAUUAAAGACAUGCUGACCCAGGCUGAUGAACAGGGAAGUCCAAAGGAGCUGGAUAAUCCCUGUCUGUCUUCCAGCAGUGAAAUCUUUGAGGAGACAUAGCCCAAUAGGCCAGUGAAAGGAAGUUCAGAAGCCUCUUUUCCUUGGGAGUAAUAAACAUUUGCCUGCCAAGCAACUGAGUCCGGUGGACCUGGCCCUGAAACAGCAAUGAUCCUGGACAAAACAAAUGUCGCCCUCUCCUCCUUUCACUCCCAAACCUCAUUAACUGUCCCACAAAUUCCACAGAUCUACUGUCUUCUCACAUCUGGAGAAAAGCAAGGCCCAGAAUGGUAGUGAUGAUAAUCUGGGCUGGUAUCUAAAACUGCACACCACUUUAAAGGAAAAAGACACGAUUGUGAUCAGUCAAAGGAAUACCAGGCCAUUCCUGGCACCUCACAGAGUCAAGAAAGCAAUCUUUGUCUCAAAGUGACAUAAUACAGCUGGUAUACUGCCAACCUAUGGACUUUAAAAGAAAUAUGUGGAGAACUCUUUCCCUCUCCCCAUUUUUUAAAUUCUCGUCUACUGGCUGAAAUGCACGGGUAAUAUCCAAGAUACUGAAAGUAUUCUCAAUUGCUCUUUCCCUUGGAUGCACAGGGCUUAAGUGGUUGCAGGACUGGGCCAGGUGGUCAGCCCCACAUCUAAUCUCACCUGGCUCUAAAUUGGUAUGAGAACUUUGGGGGUUAGUAGGGAGAUAGGGAGACUGUAGGCAGGUGGCCUUGCAAACCUGUGUGAAAAGAGGUCAGGGAGGUAGCUAAGGUUUCUGGGAAUUGGUAGCAUCCUACCUGAUAUCUUUAGGAGCUGGGAUUAGGGGUGGGUGCUAGACACUGUUCUUCCCCACUCUCCCGUUGGAAAAGCAUGGGAGUUUAUCUCACAGACCACGGGAAAAAUGCCAGAUGAUUUCUGGGAUAAUCCAACUCUGGAGGGGAAUUUUCCCUGUAACCAACACACUGAUAUGUCUUGUCCUUUCACUACUCAAAGAAGGAGGGGAGUCCAGAAAGGCAGGUUCCUGAGAAAGGAAAUAAGACCUCAAGCUUCCUUGUGAAAAACCCCAAAGCAACUAAAUGAAACUGGAGCAACUGUAAUAGAGAUCCUCUUGGCCCCAGAGCAGUGAGGAAGGGAGAAAAGAGAAAAGAGAUGUUAAGGGAGGAGGAAGGGAAGGGACUAUUCAUAUCAUUCCUUGCCACACCCUGAAGGUUGAUCUCAAAGCCUUUACUGACUCACUAGUGGCUUCCUGCCUUCCAGGAACACAGACAGGGAAGUGGGGUGUUGAAUAGAACAAAAUGGCCACCAAGAUAGUUGAGAAGCAGACAAACCUGGGAAUGUACAAUUCUUCCCCCAGAGAAAGAGUCUGUGAUGAGCCUCAGUAACUAAGGUCCCUUUACUUCUCAGUAGUACAGACAUAGGCAAACUUAGAUUACACUGGAAGACAAGGAGAACAAUUUCUAAAUCUUACAAUAGCAAACUUACCUCCCCAAAACAGCAUGGGAUCUCCCUGCUCCUGCCCAUUUCUUGGUGGUAACAAUAAACUCUGAAAUGGCCCAGAGCCCAAAAAACGUAGGGCAAACAGAGGGGAAGAAGCAUCAGAUCUGAAUAAUCCACAAACUGAAUAAUCAGCCUUCGAAUAAGGGAGAAUUCACAGUUUAAUGUUUUCCUGGAUGCCACAUUUUCCUCGCAACAUUCUCAAAACCACAAGAACAUAACUGACCAUUUGCCAUCUCGUUUUUUGGGUUCUUUUUUGAAAAAGGGUACUGUGAUGUUUUGGUCCAGGCAUCUGGCUAGAAAGCAGGGUUCUGACCUUGGCUCAGUCUCCUAACAUCAUUUUCUUUUGUCUGUGCAAUAAAGACUUUCCUUGUUCUAAGGAGUAGGAAAAAUCACUAUAGGGAAAGUGGCAUGAAGGUGAAAUGAACUCAGUUUUAGAAGGAAAACCAGAUAGAGUGAAAAAAGACCUGAUCGUUACGAGGCCCCCUUCUACAAGAGAAUUUAAUGUCUUUCAUAGUCUAGGUCUGCCACCUAGUGGAAAUGAUUGGUUCUGUGUUUCCCUAUCACUGAAUGAAACUGAAAUAGAGAAUUCACUAAAAUGUUUUUUUAAAGUACAGCAAAUUAAGAGGAGAAUCAAUAGAUAAGUGUACACUCUACAAAUUUGAGACCGAUAUAGAACAUGAUUCUAGGUUGGGUACUAGUCUCCUUGGUCACGGAACCCCGCGUAUCUAAAAAUCCUUGUUGUAAAGUAUUUUAGGAUACUCUAGUUCAGAAAAGUGCAAUGUGAAAUUCUGAAUGUUUUUAUUGUCAGAAAAAUGUGAAAAAUAUUGUUAAAAAAAUAA